CAGGGGGCUGGGGAGGAUGGGGGUGUUCAUCCAGGAAUUCACCCUGGGGCUCCUCAGCUCUGGGUUUGUGUGCCCAGGGUAUGCUCCUGGCCUUGCAGGAGGAGGUGCUGGACAUGCUGGAGGCUUCUGUGGCUCUGGAAAAAGAAAGGGACAUUCCUGUGGUCCCCUGGAGCAGUCUGCAGCUCCCUGGGCUCCUGCUGGAGGGGGAGACCCCCGGGAAUGGGGCUCUGUCCCGGCACGGGGAGCAGGGGAAGCGCUGCGCCACUCCAGGGCUGCCCCGAGGGCCCUGCUGCUCUCCCGCUGCCUCAGGCCAGUCCCUCUCCUCCAGAGGACGAGAUGGUGUCCAUGGCCGACUCCAGCCCCACCAUGGAUGACAUCGAGGGAGAGCUCUUCAGGAUCGGGCGGAUUCGGGAGAUGCUGGUGCGCCGGGAGUCGGAGCUGCGCUACAUGAUGGACGACAUCCAGCUCUGCCAGGAAAUCAGCCGGCUGAAAACGGAGCUCCAGAAAUUUCUGGCCCUGCCAGAGAACCAGAAAUCCCACGAGGAGAAGCAGAGGGAAGAGGAGCUGGUGCAGCAGAUCCACAAGCUGGUGGAAACGCGGGAUUUCCUGGUGGAUGACGUGGAGUUUGAGAGGCUCAGGGAAAGGGAAGAGGACAAGGAAAUGGCCGAGUUCCUGCAGAGCAAGCUGUCCAAAAGCUGCCUCCAGAGAGCGACUCCUGUCCCAGAGAAGAGGAUGACAUCGAGGGGACAGCAAACCUCGGCUCCCUACGUGACCAAGACGGGCCUGACCCUGCUCAAGGAGUGCUGUGGCUUCACCUGCUCCAUCAUGUAGGGCACUGCCAGCCCCGGGCACAGGACACGGCUGUGGUAGGGGCACAGCCUGGGCAUCUGGGAUGGGCAGGAGGGCGUUCCUUGGUGCUGGCCCUUCCCUGGAGCUGGCUGGGUCUCCCUGGAGAGCCCCACAGGGAUGAGCCAUGAUUUUGGGAACAGGGCUGUGCCAUGUCAGCAGCUCAGGGCAAUCUUGUGGCUGCUGAGCCAGCCAGGCCGUUCCCAGCUGUGCCAGGCCGUUCCCAACUGUGCCAGGCCGUUCCCAGCUGUGCCAGGCAGUUCCCAGCUGUGCCAGGCCGUUCCCA